UUGUCGUUCGAUAAAAAUCGGUAAACAUGGAAAAUACAUAUUUAUGAAGGCUUUGACCCGUGAGACUGUGGUAGACUUUCGACUGUGCCCUAAGCUACGGCGCGAGUGUCUCGGGAGAAAGUUAACUGUAGUGCGUGCCCGUUACCGCGCGCCGCUGAGGGCGCCAGUCGACGCGCCGGCAUUACACCCGACGCGCGCGCAAUGCUCACUGCUCGCGCCGCUCACAUCGCUCACCCGGCGAGAUAACUGAAAGCGACAGUGCUAAACAAAGUGCCUCAAUAAACGUGCUCAACCAGUGCAUUGUGCUCGUACCUUUGUGCAAAGGUCGCAGUGUAGAGUGCGACGACCCCCUCCAAGGACACGGGGGAAUGACGUUCUCCGGGAACAUGAAGGAGAGUAAGCCGCGAUCCAUGAAAGACACAUGGGAGUCGGAGCUCGGCUACGGAUGGUCGCACAGCGGUCGGCGCUGCGCCCGGCACCGGCCGCCGGAGUCGACGAUGUCGGUGAGCAGUGACAUACGGUUCACACGGCGCAAGCUGAGUCGCCCGUGCCGCGGCUGUUGCGCCGCGCUCGCCUCGCUACUCGUGCUACUUCUGUUGGCCGCCGUCGCUGUCUACCUAGCACAUUUAUAUUUGUUUGGCGACCCGCUGAAUCGGCAAACGUUUAGGGGUUCGUUCGUUGUGUCAUCGUGGACGCAGAGCGAAGCUUCUCAAGGGAACAACACUCGCGAGGCUCAUCUGCAGCAUGCUUUAAGCGACUUAUAUCAGAACACCGAACUUCGAUCCUGCUUCGUGACCGCUGAAAUAUUAGCUUUAGAUAGUGCUGAGAAAGGGGACCGGGUGCACUUCGAGGUGUCAUUCGAGCCCAUCUUCACCGCGGUGGCGACUAACGACGUGUCCUCUAUCCUGGAGCGGGAGCUCAGCACCCCGCGCUUCUUCACCAAUCUCACUGUGUUGCCAGAAACCUUGCACCUAGAGGAAAGCUCCAUGCUAACAUCUUUAGAAUCAGACGACAGUGAGACUACCCUAGAAGACGCGGCGACCACCGAGGCGAUCACCCUUGAGGUAGAGGAGCUCAGCAAGUGCUACCCGCGCACCCUGUCGCUGUGCUCCUACCUGCCGUAUAACUCCACCACGUACCCGAACCUCGUGGGACAUACCUCUAAGGACGCCAUCUUAAAGGAUCUCGUGGCUUUCAGGGAGCUAUUAGACGCCGAAUGCUCACAUCUUGCGCAAGAUUUCGUCUGCCAAAUGCUGCAGCCUCGCUGCGAGCAGGGUCGGCUGGUGAAGCCGUGUCGCGCGUACUGCCGCGCUUUUCACGCGGGCUGUGGCGCGCGCCUGCCCGACCGCCUGAAGCCACUAUUCGAUUGCUCCCUGCACUUCCCCGAAUAUUUUGGUCCUGGCUCCUGCAUGCCCGAACCAGAUUGCCAUGGUGGUUUGAACCGGCUUGCGUUAUCGCGGCGGUCGUGCGACGGCGUGCCUGACUGCGCGGGCGCGGAGGACGAGCGCAGCUGCGCGCACUGCGCCUCGGCCGGGCGGGGGGCGCUGCGCUGUGCGCUCGACGCGCGCUGUCUGCCCUCGCACCUGCGAUGCGACGGCACGCCCGACUGCCCCGACGGUAGCGACGAACUCGGCUGCUUGUGGAUCUCGCGCUCCCUGGCGUGGUGGCGGCGCGAGCGCGGUGAGACGACUCUGGGUGCUGUGCGCAGUCGCGCCGGGUACGCCGUGUGGUCGGAGCGGGGCCGCGACGGGAAGAUAUGCGCCGCGCCAUUCGACAACGACCGGCGGGCAUUAAAGAGCGUUGCCACUUCACUCUGCAGGGCUAUGGGCUUCAAAGCUGCUACAAAUGUGGAAGUGACACAAGACCUAGAAGAGCUGAUAGAUGAAAAUCCGGAAUACGUCGCAAUCGUUGAUCCGUUCGCUCCAGAGAUAUCAUUCCUCAAGACCGAGUGCUCGGAGAGAAAAGUCAUCAAAAUUGUUUGCGAUCAGUUAGAAUGCGGUGUACCGUCCGCACGGGGAGCAAACGCUGGGUCGGGCGUGGAGGGAUUACCGCGGGCGGCGCGGCCCGGCGACUGGCCGUGGCACGCGGCCCUGUUGCGCGCCGGCGUGCACGCCUGCGACGCUGCGCUGCUGCACCCCGCCUGGCUCAUCACCACCGCCUCCUGCUUCCAGGGUCAGCCGAAUGUAGAAUGGACCGCAAGAUUCGGCACUGUGAGAAUACAAAGCACAACACCUUGGCAGCAGGAACAACGGAUUGUGGAGAUCAUGAAUUCGCCUGUAGAGGGCAGCAUGCUGUCGUUAGCGCGACUGGAGAAGCCGAUCGCGAUGACAGACUUCGUGCGGCCGGUGUGUCUCCCUGAAAAUGGCACCACCACCGAGGAUAUGGUGUGCAACACGCUCAGUUGGACCAGAAACCGUGACCAGCUGCAACGAGUGCACGUUGUGACUAGUCCCAUGAACACUUGCGAGAACGUCAGCAUUGCCACUGUCAACGGUAUUUGCUCCGAACGACUCUAUGACAAGGACGACUGUGACGAAGAAGAGUAUGCUGGGAGUUCUAUGAUGUGUUUCGAUCAAAAGACUAAACAUUGGGCACUGAUAGGGGUCAGCGGAUGGAGGAUAGCCUGCAGUAAGAUAGGACUGGGUCGGCCCAGAAUAUAUGACGCUAUCAGCUCGCAAAUCGAUUGGAUCAAGCAAACCAUAACUAACUACCCGAGGUGACCUUGAAUCCUGGUUCAAGGGAUCACAAGUUUUCAAAGACUGUAUUGGAUUUAGAUUGUAUUUUUAAUUGUUAGAUUUGUGAAAAUGAAAAUUACUAUUACCUACUACUGGUAUAGAAGAUAAUUAUUUGUGUAAACUUUUUGUAUUGUGAAAAAUUUUAUAGUGAAAAUCUAUCCUUUGAGGUCAUAAUGUAGUUACUCAACAUAACCUUUAUUUAACACUUUUUGGUUUUAAUGUUUCAAGAGCAAUACCAAUGUUUUCAUUACUAAUAACGCUAAACAGUAUAUUCCAAAAUUUGUGAAAUAUUAUAAUAAAACCAUCCUUGAAUAAAACACAUCAAUCAAUAAUUUUCACACAACAUGAUACUCAUAAAGGAAUGUAAACAAAGUUUUAUAUCUUGUUAUAAUUAAACAAUGAAAAUUUUUAAUUUUAGACUUAAGUUAAUUUAUUGAAAUACCUGUGUGAUUGUUAUGGAAAAAAGCUUAUGUAAAUAUUAUUGUAAGAAAAUUACCAAACCCAUAAGCAUACACAAUAUUUUUUAACAUUAA